AUGGAGCUGAGGACAACAACUGGGUUUAGGCUUGGAGUAGACGCGCGAGAGAGCGGCGCUCCCCGCGUCUGCAGCUCUUCGCAGAGGCAAUGCCUGAACGGCGACUGGUCUCAGCAGCAGCAGGAGGAGCAGCAGCAGAAGCAGCAGCAGCAACAGCAGCAACAGCAGCGGCGGCAGCAGCAGCAGCAGAAACUCUCUCUUAGAUUCGCACACAACGACUGA